GAAGAACUCGGUUUGAUUCAGCCUCCUACGUUACCGUAGACAUUUCGGUAGAAACGGCCCUCUUUUUAAAGUUCCUGGGGGAAGAGUGAAGGGACCCAGACAAGCCAAGAGAAACGGGCCAAGAUUGAGCACAGAGGAUAAAUAUUUACACAUUUUCAUCAUAGGAAGACUGUCGUAAAACCGAAGACAAGGUGCAACACGGAAAACCAAGGUCUUUACUGCCCGAGAACGCCAGAAAAUAAAGAAAAUGGCGGAGCCAGACAAAUUAAACAUCGACUCUAUAAUUCAGCGUCUCUUGGAAGUCAAGGGCUCUCGGCCAGGGAAGAAUGUCCAGCUGACAGAGGGUGAGAUCCGUGGCCUUUGCCUAAAGUCCCGUGAAAUCUUCCUGAGCCAGCCAAUACUGCUUGAACUAGAAGCUCCCCUCAAAAUCUGUGGUGAUGUGCAUGGUCAGUACUAUGAUCUCCUCCGGCUGUUUGAAUAUGGAGGCUUCCCCCCAGAAAGCAACUAUCUGUUCCUGGGUGACUAUGUAGACAGAGGGAAGCAGUCACUGGAGACUAUCUGCCUGCUUCUAGCCUACAAGAUCAAAUAUCCAGAGAACUUUUUCCUGCUGCGUGGAAACCAUGAAUGCGCCUCUAUUAAUCGUAUCUACGGCUUUUAUGACGAGUGUAAGCGACGGUAUAAUAUUAAGCUGUGGAAGACCUUCACAGACUGCUUCAACUGUUUACCUGUGGCUGCCAUUGUAGAUGAGAAAAUCUUCUGCUGUCAUGGAGGCCUCUCUCCUGAUCUUCAGUCUAUGGAGCAGAUCCGCAGAGUAAUGCGACCCACAGAUGUGCCUGACCAGGGUUUGUUGUGUGACCUGCUGUGGGCUGAUCCAGACAAAGAUGUGCUGGGCUGGGGUGAAAACGACCGUGGUGUCUCCUUCACAUUUGGGGCAGAUGUGGUGGCCAAAUUUUUGCACAAACACGACAUGGACCUAAUAUGCAGGGCGCAUCAGGUGGUAGAAGAUGGUUAUGAGUUUUUCGCAAAGAGGCAACUCGUGACCUUAUUCUCGGCUCCCAACUACUGUGGAGAGUUUGACAACGCUGGUGCCAUGAUGAGUGUGGAUGAGACGCUCAUGUGCUCCUUUCAGAUUCUGAAGCCAGCAGAUAAGAAAUUGUAUCCUUAUGGUGGAGGGGGAGGAAUGGGCUCUGGGAGACCGGUCACCCCGCCGCGAAAUUCAGCCAAGGCCGCCAAGGCCAAGAAAUAACACCCGCUGGCUCCCCCUCCCACAACCUGCCACCCUCCUGUCGGCCCAACGCUCUUUUUUUUUUUUUUUUUUUUUUUUUUUUUUUUUUUUUUUCCCCUUCCCUCUACCUCCCAAACUUGUUUCUCCCUCGUCACCAAAUGGCAACAAAGCAGACAAGUGUCCAGGGUUCAAUCAUGUUUUUUCUCUCUAAAACGAUUUUUAACAGUUUGUUUGGCUGUUUGCGUGCAAUUUUUUUUGUGUAUAAAAAAAGUGAGAGUGAUGCAGAGAAAAUUGCUGUAUUCUGUAUGUAUGUUUUUUUCCUUCCUCCUAUGCCCUCUGUUUUGUUUUCCUCUCAUCUUGUAGAGAUGGGUUCUUGCCCAUCCGUGAUGUAAUUUCAAACCUGGGUGCAGGGGAGGAGAAGGGGGAGAGAGGAAAAAAGGAGCCAUAGCUGUUUAUGUUAAGGCCCUGCACUGUUUAAUGCUAAACACAAGCUUUUGUACAUCCUGUUUUAGAGGUCUGUGUGAUGGGGGGGUGGGAUCAAGUUGCACGGUCAAGCGAUAUUGGCACAUACCGCACACACUGGGUGCACAGGAUAUAUGUGCAGUUGAAUCCUCAAAUGAAAUAGAUACGUGAUGAGAUAAUAUUUUUUUCUCUUCCCUUCUGAAAACCAAUGAUUUGAGAUUGUGGUCAUGAAUGUGAAAUAGUUUUGCUUCUUUUAUUUCUUUCUUUCUUUUUAUUUUUUGUAGAUACAUGAAACCGACAUGGUUUGAUUUUCUUGUUUUUAGUUCACUUAAAGUUGAAGAUGAAUAAAAAUAACCAUGUAUUUGAAUUAUGCCAUCAUGCUGAUCACUUUGUGUUUGCCAUUGCUUUGUCAUGUCUGUCAGCAACCUUUGCCAUGUAUAGUGGCUUUGCUUGUCUUUGAGUGUGGUACAUUGAAUUGACAAUACAGCAGCUUGAAGAGUUGUCUAUGAAUGAGAUUUAAAAAAAAAAAAAAAUGUAGAAGCUGGAAAGUGUAAUUUUGGCCCAGCUUACACUUAGUGUAAACAAAGGGGCAUUUCACAUGUUGCUUCAGUGUGAUUUUUAUUUUAUUUUUUUAAUUUUAUUUUUAAUUUAUUUUUUUGUUGAGUGGAAAUUCAUGGGCUGCAGAAGAGGACAGCCUGAAGCUGGUUUCAGAAGCAGAUGUUGCCUGUUUUUAUCACAAAAAAAUAAUGAUUAGGAAUCUCUUCAAUGCAAAAUGUUUAUUUUUUCUAAUGAUUGUUCGAUGAUUAUGAAGUAGAAGUAGUUAAGGAAGUUCAGGAAGAGGAAGUGAAUGGCUUUGUCACUGAGCUUCUGUUCAAUGCCUCACAACGCUCAAUCCUCACACAUAAUACAAUGUCACCAUGUGCAGUUGAUGUGUUCCACAAGUAGAUACAACUAUUUACUUUUUAAUCUAUAUUGAGCUAACACAAGACACUCAACACGCCUACUGGGGAGAAAGUGGCUUGAAGGUUUUCCAUAUUUUGCUGUGAUCAAAGGCAAAAACUAUUCAAGGGAGAUGUUGAAUCGUUGCUCUGACCUUUCCAGUUCUAAGUGCUCUAGUCAAAACCACUUCAGUUGACGAGAGCAGUUGUUCAAUCAUAAAAACAGAGUGGGCUUAUUUUAAAUCAAAACCCACACCAAAUGAGGCUUGCAUGUAAGCUAAAACUGGUUACAUGAGAAUUGAAGACAGUGUUUGGAUGUAACUAAGUGAUAGAUCAGAUUUCUGACAUGCAGGCAGUUCUUUAAACUUGAUGGGGAAUCUGAGCACGAAAUUAUAGUUUUACUGUAAGACACAGAUAAUAUAUGUACAGAAAAUCCCCCAUGAAUCUAUAUUAAAAGUGUUGGGUUUCAACAUCAGGCAAUCAAAAAGACACUUUUUGCUUGUUUAAACAGGCUUUAAAAAAAAAAAAGUUUGUUAUCACUUAAUGUCACAAAUGGGCCAUUUUGCUUUCCUUCUACUGUGCAUUAAGUUAUUUUUGGCAUACAGGGUGUCCCCAGUGAAAGCAGCCCAUAGUUCAGCACAGGCUGUUGCAUCUGGUGAAAAAUAUUUCUUUCUACAGUGUCUGAGGGUAUCUCUGCCCUUUUCUAAUAAUCCAAACACACUCUUUCCCCCCAUUACAUAAUUGGUGUGUCUGGUUUUAUUUGUCUGCUGUCUGUCCUUAUUCUUCAGGCCUCUGUCCAAGUAUGAACAAAUGUGACUGCAGCUCUCCAGAUUGCAAAGUCAGUAAAUAUUGGUCAACUUGAUUGUAGUGCAUACUUAAGCAGAGGGUGGGGAAAAUGGAAUUCAGCCGUCAUCCUGCCCCACCUUUCUCCCUCCACUUUCUCAGCAAGAGGUUUUUUAACUCAGUACCUCAGAAAAUAAAUGUUUUUUAAGCAAUCAAAUCAAUGUAAGUAAGCUUUAUUCAGAAUCCUACUUGGCUUUCUAACAAUUUGCAUACAGUGCAACAUCAGAUAUUGUGUCGGAGAGGGCAGGUGAAAAAGAAAUGUCAUUGGACCUCAUUGUGUGCUCUUGUUCAAAUCACAUCCAGUAAGAUGAACUCAGGAAGUGAAAUUUAAAUCAAAAUAAAUGGUGUGAGGAAAUCAUAUUUAUAUUCAUAUACUAAGAAAAAUACAUCAAUAAAUGCCAUUAUUACAGGAUAUUCACAAGUCAGAUGACUUGCCGUUUCUGUUCACGUUUUAAGGUGGCUAAAUUGUUGAGCCCAACCUUGGCAUGCUGGUGAGUCCAUGGGGGAACAAUGUUCAGAGUGAUCUGUUGCUUUGAAGGUCAUUUCUUUUGAUUUGUAAAUGAUACAGGCCCACCUUUUGUGGAUAAAGGUGAUAUGAUGUAGAAAGAGAUGUACAGAAAUGUAUGGUAUUAAAGUCUAAUAGGAUAAUAAAAAGUCAUUACAAGGCUGGAGAGCUAUGAUGUUGAGGGGACCUUCUCCAAUGGAGAGAGAUUGUGUCUUCAACAACAGUUAAGUGGCUCAUGUAAGACAUAAUAUAGUGCUGAAACAUUAUGGAACUUAUAGAUCUCUGUCUUCUGAAUAAAUGGUCCAAUAAAGGCCACUUUCAUUCCCAUUUUCAUAGCUGUACAAACCUCUGCUUAUAACUUUUUUUUUUUAAAUUGUUUCUCUAUAUUUACUGUUAUUACCUCUAAGAAUCUGGUCUUUAAUGACUUUUUUUGUUCAUAUUGUUUUUACUAACAAAUUUAAUCCUAGAUUCUGCAAGCUUAUUGGUGUAGGAUUUUUUAAUCAAUCAGGGAUGUUUUGCACCAUGCACUGUCGCUGAGUAGAUAUGAAAUUAUUAGAUUAUUACAAUUAAGAAAAGGAAACAAUAGAAAUUAACAUUAUUUUUAUUUGUAUUUCAUUUGUUUUCAAAUCAAUCACAAAUUGUCUCUGUUACAAGGUAGAAAUAAAACAUAGAAUUUGUA